AUGUCUCUUCGGAUGAGAACCGCCACCGCGGAGGACAUCCCCGCCAUCGGUCGCAUCUCCGCCGCCGCCUUUGAUCCGUCCACCGACUCAAUCACCCGCCGAUUGUUUCCCCGAGACGCCGGCGAUGCCAAAAUUGCGCCGUGGCGUGAAGCCCGCAAGGGUGCUUCGCUGCAAUCCGAACGCACCGUCAUGAUGGUCGUCGUAGAUGAACAGCUCAACGACGAGGUCGUGGGCUUCUCCUUCUGGGAAGCUCCGGUCAACAACGGACGGGGAGAGCCCAUCCAUCUGCACCCCAAGGAGCCCGAGCCUCCAGCAGGGCUGGACUUGGCCGCGUACCAGGAGAUGCGCUCAAUUGUUGGGGGCGAUGCCGUCGAUACCUUUGGAAAGGAUGGAACGGCACAUAUUUGGCGCAUGUUUUUCCCUCCCCUUUUUUCUAUGGUUCGCUGUCAGCUAACAAACCCGCUAGAUCUUGAAUACAUCGGCGUUGACCCCCGACACCAACGCCGAGGCAUUGGCAAGAUACUUUUGAAUUGGGGCAUCGAGCAAGCUCAACGGCAGGAAGUCGAUUGUUAUAUGUUUGCGACCCCAGCUGGACGAACCCUCUAUGAGAAGGCUGGUUUCGUUGUGAGGAAAGUUGUGCCGGUGUUCGGAGUGCCUCAUUACUCCAUGAUUCUCCACCACAAGCCGAAGACUCAAUUACCACCAAGUCCCGCAUCCGACAAGACAAAUUGA